AAGUUACUGUUUACUGUGAUGUCAGUAACCGGUUAGGGUUACUUGACAAUUACCAAAUUUCAGUUUUGAUAAACUGAAAUAAAUCAUAUUUCUGUUUUUAAAAUACAAAUUAAAUUGAAUUCAAUUGUGGUUUAAUUUUUAAUCGCGCAAUCAACUUAACCUCCUACAAAAAUGUUGAUCAAAGUGAAGACGCUAACUGGUAAAGAAAUUGAAAUUGAUAUAGAACCAACAGAUAAAGUUGAAAGGAUAAAGGAGAGAGUAGAAGAAAAAGAAGGAAUUCCACCACAACAACAAAGAUUAAUUUUUUCUGGUAAACAAAUGAAUGAUGAGAAGACGGCGCAAGAUUAUAAAGUUCAAGGAGGUUCAGUGCUUCAUUUAGUCUUAGCCCUUCGAGGUGGAUUACAAUAAGUUCCAUUUUGUAAGCUACAUAUUUUAAGUUUAUAUUCAUGUACUUUGUUUAAUUUACGUCGUAAUUAAAGUAAUAAAAUUGUUUAUUGAAUUUUA